CCAAAUGAGAACCAAUCUCCGUUCAGCUGCUGCAGUGGCGUGAAAAUUUGUGCGCUUGAUGUAGAUGAUUGGGAUGAAUGCAUCCGCAAUAAGGAGGUCAUACGUGUUCGAAAUUUUAACUGUGGAACUAGAAGAAGACAUCAGUGAGCUUAAGACCGCAAGAAUGUGGGCAUGGUAAAGAAAAGGCACAUCCAGAAGACAGAGCUCAAGGAGGUUGUUCUCAAUUUAUUUCUCCCGACCAAAGAACAUGGAUCUCUUCAAUACUACGGAAACGAACCAUUCAGAAGAGGAAACCCUCUUCCAUGCCUCAGCUAAGGCAGUGACCUCGUCGACAGUUUCUAAAGUCUUUAAAAUAAUGCCAUUAACUUUUGUAAUGCUGGCAUCAGUUGCAGGAAAUUCCAUCGUUAUUCACGCAGUCUAUGAUGAUAUUCGGAUGAGAACAGCAACCAACGUUUUGAUUGUGAGCCAGAGUGUUGUGGAUCUAGGCACAAGCGUUCUAGUUAUUCCUUUCGCCCUGGUAUCUGUUGGAUGCGACGGGUGGAUCUUUGGGGUUGAGUUUUGCGCUGCGAACGGAUUCUUCAACUUGUACUUCACGCAGAUAACUGUCCUGCAGCUGGUUAUUAUUGCAUUUGACAGGUAUCUAGUGAUUGUAAAACCCUCGUACCGCGCAAUUAAUCUAAAGGACGCCAUAAAACUAACUUCGGUUGCUUGGAUAGUCAGUUUUCUUGGAUCAUUCCCAUGGCUUCCCUUACUAACCAAUCACGUGCGAGUGGAGUAUUUUCAUGGUUUCUACGUGUGCGCAAAACGUUAUUCUCACCCUGUUCUUGGUGCGCAAUUAUUUUCUGUGAUUUUUGUGAUAACAGUUUUCGCAGUCCUGCCGUUGUUUUUCAUAUUUUACAGUUAUUAUCACAUUAACAGGGUAAUCCAUUUAAACAAACACAGAGUCUCCCCCGUGUCGCUCUCGAACGCUCAGAAGAUGGCGAUCAACGUUUACGCGAAGUCAGCAUCUACAUCAAAAACUGUGAUCGGAACAAGUCUACUUCAAGUUUUCCCAGCGUGCUUUAUGAUGCUAUUGGACGGUUUGCAGGUUGGUCGUUUUCCGGAUGAUGUCAAAACAGCUGCUAAGUGGAUAAUGUGGUGUCACUGUGCAGUUAAGCCAAUUAUAUACGCGACCAAAAGCCGAAUGUGGGCGAAAACUAUUCGCAAAUACCUUUUGCUGUUUCCGUUAGUCUCAGCAUUGUCUAGAAUGGAUUUAAAAAUGGCACCGCUUUCCAAGGUCGCGGAUCGUGUCAAAAAUUAUAGACUUUCACGGCGAAUACACUCUGUGGAAGGGAACGAAAAUGAUACAACUGGAACAUUACAACAAACCUCUCAGGAAAGGACAAAAAAAUCAACGUGGUUUAAUGACAUGAAAAACGCCUGGCAGGUUGAUGAACAAAAUGAUUUUUGUGAGUUUUGAAAUACGAGAAUAUAUGACACUUUGGUUUCAACUGCAACCGGUUCAACUGCAACCGGUUCGGACUGAAGUGGCGACAGCUUUUCAACAGAAAACCUAAGCAAUCUGGUGUUUUCCCGGCGACUCCUGGGAAUUGUGAUUACCAGACUCCUCGGCACUGAAAAGUUGCAGGAACACGACAUGGCGUCCGUUUUCUACUACUUUCUAUCUCUACUUUCCUGUGUGUAGAAGACAUUGUAACGACUGAGGUAUUAGGAUGAAUUAGACUGUUUAGAAGUGCUAUUAUAAGUGCCGAAUAGUUUUCUGCUGUUUGUAUUUGAGGACACGUGGAGACCACUUCUUUCUUUAUAAGCCCUCAAAACGACAGAAGUCACCAUCUCUUUGUUGUAAGCUGUCUCUACCUGGUCUUAUUCGUACCCCUGUAGAAGUUUGAAACCUAAAUUAUCCGAUAACGGUUAUGUCUUAAUAGAAAACGGAAAAUUAACUAAUCCAACAAAUCGUAAACUAACCAUUUAUUCCAAAAGAGAAGGAGUUCGGGGUGAGUAUAUCAUAAUCGACAGUUGUGCUUGAGGUUAGCUGGCUGGACGCCGCGUAAAGAGGUCUUGGCUCGAGAUCUGGUUUGUGUUCUUGGGCAGGGCGAUAUACCCUCACAGUGUCUCUCCACCCCGAAGUAUUGAUGGGUACUGACGAACUGCCGGGGAAAUCCGUCGACAAAUUGCUGUUGGAGGGGGUUCUAUCCGAUUCUAAUCAGGGCCAAAUCUUAGCGUUUAUGUCAUUCAUUCAUUAUAAAUGUUCAAUAAAGAUUAAAUGAGCA